UAAUAAGCACGAAGUUCAUCAUCUGUGUGCUUUUCUCUUUGAUUCCCUGAAACGAAGGAGAGAUCCGCGAAAUUCCUUCAGAUCCGAGGCCAUCGCAUUCAUCCCCUUGACUCGCGCUGUGGAAUUUGAUCCCUUGCUUCAGUUCUGGGGUUCUUGCUGUUGAUCGUGCUCUCUAUCUUUUGGUUUGUGUAAAAGCGACAAUCAAGAAAACUAGAUUCACUAAAUAAUGACAUUGGAUUGGCUUUAGUAACUGUUGAUUGCUAUAUCCCUAAUCAUGAGCUCAACUGUAUCAACAUCCUGCGGAGUACAUCCACCAAUGAGACUCAAUUCACUGGAAUCUGCAGCUUCACAGACAACAUCUGCUGCUUUUGGUCAGUCUGAAUCAGAUGUUAAUGAUGCAGAACAAACUGAGCUUCUAUCAGUUUCUUGGAAUCAGGACUAUGGAUGCUUUUCUGCUGGCACGAGUCAUGGUUUCCGGAUCUAUAACUGCAACCCUUUUAAAGAAACCUUUAGAAGGGACUUGAAAAGUGGUGGCUUUGGAAUAGUUGAGAUGCUAUUCCGCUGCAAUAUUUUGGCCCUUGUUGGUGGUGGUGCUAAUCCACAGUAUCCGCCGAAUAAAGUUAUGAUCUGGGAUGAUCAUCAAAGUCGAUGCAUUGGGGAAUUUGCAUUCAGAUCUGAUGUUCGUGGUGUGAAACUAAGGCGAGAUCGCAUUGUGGUGGUUCUUGAACACAAAAUAUAUGUCUAUAACUUCACAGAUCUUAAGCUUCUUAACCAAAUUGAAACUCUGGCUAAUCCAAAGGGGCUUUGCUGCCUUUCACAUCAGUCAAACACAUCAGUUUUGGCUUGUCCUGGUGUGCAACGGGGACAGGUUCGGGUUGAACACUUUGGCCUGAAGGUGACAAAAUUCAUUAGUGCGCAUGAGUCCAGCAUUGCCUGCUUGACCUUGACAAUGGAUGGUCUUCUUCUUGCAACUGCAAGUGUGAAGGGGACUUUAAUUAGGAUAUUUAACACUAUGGAUGGAACCCGUCUUCAAGAGGUGCGCAGAGGAGUGGACAAAGCUGAAAUCUAUAGCAUUUCUCUCUCUCCAACUGUCCAGUGGCUGGCAGCUUCGAGUGAUAAAGGCACCGUACACUUGUUCUGUCUUAGAGUCCGGGUUUCAGGGGAGGAUGCAUCCACCCAGACUACAUCUGGUCAAGCUCCAGGCAUGGUUCAUCAAAAUUCUUCAACUUCUCUUGAUGCUCUUAUAUCUCCAAACAUGGGUGCCAAUGCCAGCUCAUCAUUAUCAUUUAUGAGAGGUGUGCUGCCAAAGUACUUUAGUUCAGAGUGGUCCUUUGCUCAAUUCCACUUACAAGAAGUUACUCGAUAUAUUGUUGCAUUUGGAAGUCAAAAUACUGUUAUGGUUGUCGGCAUGGAUGGCAGUUUCUACCGGCUCCGCUUUGACCCUGCAAAUGGCGGAGAAAUGGAACAGCAGGAGUAUGUUCGAUAUCUGAACCGGCAUCCAUAGGCCAAGAUCUACCACAACCUGAAGUCCCUGAGCAGCCAAACAUCCUACCAAAUCAUGUAAAUAACAUACUGAAGCUAUCUACAAUACCAUCAGUAAAUGCCCACCCUUGUUUUUACCUGUAUAUUCUAUAUUAACUACUGGAACAUGUUUAAAACCUAGAUCAAUCUGUGCAUGUUCAAUAGCUGUUUACGCAUAAAAUGUUCCUCCACUUGCCAAAUUUCAUACCAGCAUAGAUAUUAUCUGAUCUAUCAAUUAUGUAUUAAUAAAUACUUGUUUAGUGGGCCCUUUUAUUUGUGGUUUUUAAUUCAA